AUGGUCUUUGGUUGUGGGACUGUUAAUUAUAAUGGAUUGGAAGAUGAAUAUAACUACUCUCCACCAGGGAUUGUUGGCCUUAACAAUCAAAACUUAUCCCUCAUUUCACAGCUCGAUUUCAAAGGAUUCUCCUACUGCUUCACACCCAGGGAUGGUGCCGAUGUUGAUACCCCACUACCCUUAGGUGCUUUAGUGAGGUAUGGUGGUGAUAGGAUCCCAAUUCUAAGUGUGGCAUCCUUGGUAGUAAGUGGAUGGAACACAUGGAUUUCUCUUGGCCAACGACGAACAUGCCUGGCCAUCGUCCCUACGAAUAAGUCAAGUUAUGUCUCUAUCUUGGGCAACAUUCAACAACAAAACAUCAACGUUGGGUACAAUUUGAAUGAGGGGUUUGUUUCUUUCAAGCCCAUGGACUAUACCAAACUCUAG